UCUAAGUUGGAGUCGGAUAUGAUGAUGUAUUUACGAAUUUGCUGCGUAGCAGCCGUGUAGAUCUGCCAACAUCUUGAACUAUAGUUUCCUGGAAACUCUGACUCUUUGCUCGUAAAGGACAAGAUGGCCGAUGUGCCGAAGGGAUACAUUUCUAUUGUCGUAGAAGAGGCAACUGGAAAGACGCAGCGUGACCAGUUCACCUGGGACACGAACGCGGGAGCAUUUGAGGCGUUUGUCAAAGUGGAAAUCCGCGGAGGGCUGAGGAACAUCAAGGCCCAGACCAAGAAGGCGCCUCUUAUCGCUGAUACUAUAACAUGGCGCGAGGAGCUGCGCAUGGAGGUGCUCGAGGGUUCCAGCGAGCUGCGCCUCAUGCUGUGCCGAGAAAAGUUCCAAGGCAACAAGAAAGGCACAUCAGUGGUAGCGGCAUGCGGGAUUUACGUCAACGACAUCCUAGAGGCGGUCCCCAUCGACAAGUACUUUGAGCUGUUCAAGCCCAACGCGGGCGGUGAGGGCGGCUUCAUCCGCAUCCGCAUGAACUUCGUGCGGGACCUUGCGGAGCUUGACAACCCGCGACCAGACGCCAGCUUGCAGCCCAGCGUGGCGUUCGGCCAGCAGCCCACAAACACGAAGGACGCGGCAGGGCGGCUGCAAGGUGUGGUGUCGCCGGAUACCGUGGAGGAGGUGGCCCGGCGUGUUGCCACCCUGGGGACGGAGCCGGAGGUGCCGGGGCCAGCGAAGAGCGGCGGCAAAGGCCGGAAGAAGAGGGGCAUCGUCCCUAUUCUCAUUGCUGCGGCGGCCACAGGCGUUGUCAUCCUCCUGAAGAAGAGAGGCCACAAAUGAUGUUAGCGUUGCUGUCAUGGCGUUGUGGCGUGCAACAGCCGUGCAAACCUGUCAGCGGCAGUGGCGCAGUACUCAGAACGAGGGAUAGCUUAGAGAGAGGAACAGCUGGAUGGUAGUUAGCAGAUUGAUUGGUUGAGGUUGUGCGAGGGGUGUAGUUUGAAGCUUUAGGAUUGUACAAUUGACCUGCCCGCUCAAGGGACAUUCUUUUUCAUGGCGGGUUGCUUACUUCAAGGAGUAUUGAGUUGUGGAGUGGCACUUGCCAGCUCCACGCAUGUCAUGUUGCAUGCACGAUGAGACCCCCAUCCGCGCUUACGAGGGUCACGCUAGCGUCGUUGUUGUCGACGUUUUUCCAACAGGGGCUGAGAAAAGUAAGAGAAAAGUGAUCCGCUGGAACACUUAUCCAGAAUAAUGAUAGCUGUCCUGCCCGGAACAUUUGGUAUGUCUGGCAAGUGUUGUCUUGCUAUCUUGCG